CCACUACUCGCGUUGUGAUUGGAUUUCGGCUCUGCUCCCGUCCGAAAAAAAAAACCGUGUGGCACAGGGGUGUGAAAAAUAAACCAAAGCUCCUGUAUUGUAUUUGGAAUUUUCGGCCUCGUAGAAAAUAUAGAGCUUGUACAAUGAAGAUGGAGGUUAGACCUCUGUUGAUGUGCUUUGCACUGUGUGUGGUUUAUGCUACCAGCAAACCCACAGAGAAGAAAGACCGGGUCCACCACGAUGCAACGCUGAGCAGCAAGGAACACAAUGAUGGAACCAACUUUGACUAUGACCAUGAUGCAUUUCUUGGGGAAGAGGAAGCUAAGACCUUUGAUGACCUUACACCAGAGGAAAGCAAGAACAGGCUUGGUAAAAUGGUAGAUAAGAUCGAUUCAGAUGAGGAUGGAUUUGUCACAGAGGCAGAAUUGAAAGCAUGGAUCAAAAAGGCACAGAAGAAGUAUAUCUACGACAAUGUAGAGAGACAGUGGAAGGACUUUGACAUUAACAACGAUGGAAUGAUCUCUUGGGACGAAUAUAAGAAUGUCACAUAUGGAUCAUAUCUUGAUGACCCUGAACCUGAUGAUGGUUACAACUACAAGCAGAUGAUGGCCAGAGAUGAACGGCGAUUCAAAUUGGCAGACCAAAAUGGAGACCAAAUUGCUGACAAGGAGGAGUUUACGGCCUUCCUCCAUCCCGAAGAGUACGAACACAUGAAGGACAUAGUUGUGUUGGAAACUAUAGAGGAUAUUGAUAAGAAUGGUGAUGGUUUUAUUGACCUGGAAGAGUAUAUCGGUGAUAUGUACAACCAUGAAGAUGAAAUGGAUGAACCAGAAUGGGUGGCGACAGAGCGUGAGCAGUUUUCAGAGUUUAGAGACAAGAACAAGGAUGGGAAGAUGGAUAAAGAGGAGACCAUGGACUGGAUCCUACCAGCUGACUAUGACCAUGCUGAAGCUGAAGCCAAACAUCUGGUGUACGAGUCUGAUAUCAACAAGGAUGGCUUACUCACCAAAGAAGAGAUAAUCAAUAAAUACGACUUGUUCGUGGGAAGUCAAGCAACUGACUUUGGAGAGGCGUUAGUUCGACAUGAUGAGUUUUAAUCGAGUUUUCUAGUAUAAAAGACGAUUACUUUUUAUUUUGAUUUGGUAAAUAAUUUAUUUUGUAUUGCUACAUCAUAAUUCAACACUAAACACUCAGAUUCAGUUUACUUGGCGAUGGAUUGUUUUCCUUUUUUGCACACAGAAAUACAUUUAUGGUUGUUUUUACUGUCAAAUGUUUUAGCAGUGUUUGAAUUAAUGGUCCACGUGUAGCAUUAUUAUCAUUUCGACGAUAGCUAUUCAUAUUUUGCGGUUUGAUACAUCAAGAAUUUCUUUUUGACUGUGCACAGCCCUUAUGUCUAUUGCAUUUCACCAGGGGCGGUUCUAAGGUGAGUGGAUAUCCGGGGCUUAGCCCAGAGAGUCAGAGACCUCCACAUGCGUGUUCGAAUACAGUGGUGUAGCAAGUCAGGUCAGGGCCCAUAUGCAAAAACUUUCAACGGACCACCUCCGUCUGUUCGCGACCGCGUUGCGCAUUACUGGACAUCGGUUGUUUACUCAGGUUUGUUAUUUAAAUGGUGAUGCGCGUCAAUCGCGCUCAAAUAGUAACUGAAAAAGAGGAAAAAGUAACUUUCCGUAACUGUUACGGAAAAAGGGCAAAACGACGCAGCAAGCGUUUUUUGUGAAAGGCCCUAACAUUUCUAUGAUAAAACUGUUGUAAAACAUUAAACAUUUAGCUACUUAAAUCGCGCUGGCUCUUUCACAGUUAAAGCGGACCU